GCGCCGCGUUGCUGGUCGUGUCGUGGUUUCUGUAAUCCUCGGUCAAGUGCGCUUUGUCACAAGCGCGCCGAUGCUCGUCCUCGACUGCAAACAAGCCACAUUUCCUUUGAAAUCUGGCUACCAGCUCUGAAUCCUGCAGCAUCACCAGCAGGCUGUGAUCUGUUCACCUUCAGAUGGCUGGACUGAUGCUCGGCUCCUGGGCCAAGCAACCCGACACAAACUGCAACUGCCCUCCAAGCACCGACCUGCGUUCUGCAUCGCCUUCUCCCGAGCCAAAGGGACAUCGUGGAUCGGAGUGAGGAUACAUGGCGGCGUUAGCGGGGGCCGUGCCCCGCAUGAUGCGCCCCUCGCUGGCCCAGAGCUAUCCGCGAAGCGGCUUCCCGUUGGAAGUUUCCACGCCGUUAGGUCAAGGCAGAGUAAACCAGCUCGGUGGAGUCUUCAUUAACGGCCGACCUCUGCCGAAUCACAUCCGUCACAAGAUCGUGGAGAUGGCACACCACGGCAUCCGGCCCUGCGUCAUCUCCCGCCAGCUGCGCGUCUCUCACGGCUGCGUCUCUAAAAUCCUGUGCAGGUACCAGGAGACUGGUUCCAUCCGGCCUGGUGCGAUCGGAGGGAGCAAGCCAAAGCAGGUGACCACGCCGGAUGUGGAGAAGAAAAUAGAGGAGUACAAGAGAGACAACCCCGGAAUGUUCAGCUGGGAAAUACGCGAUAAACUGUUAAAAGAUGGAAUCUGCGACAGAAACAACGUUCCUUCCGUGAGUUCAAUCAGUCGCAUAAUGCGGAGUAAAUUCGGAGGCAAAGGUGAAGACGACGACGACGAGGACGAAAUAGAGAAGAAAGAGUUGGAGGAGAACGAACAGAGGGCCAAACACAGCAUUGGCGGGAUUCUCGGAGACAGAUCGAGCCAAUCGGACGAGGGCUCGGAGGUGGAGUCGGAGCCAGAUCUGCCCCUGAAGAGGAAGCAGAGGCGGAGUCGCACCACCUUCACAGCAGAGCAGCUGGAGGAGCUGGAGCGAGCGUUUGAGCGCACGCACUACCCCGACAUCUACACCCGCGAGGAGCUGGCCCUGCGUGCCAGACUCACUGAGGCACGCGUGCAGGUGUGGUUCAGUAACAGAAGAGCCAGAUGGAGGAAACAAGCAGGAGCCAAUCAGCUAAUGGCAUUUAAUCACCUGAUUCCAGGUGGUUUCCCACCCUCAGCUAUUUCUUCCCUGCCGGCCUAUCAGCUCUCAGACAGCCCUUACCCACCUACGUCCAUCGCACAAGCAGUUGUGUCAGAGCAGCCAGGCACAGUCCACCGUCCCCAGCCCCUCCCCCCCACAUCCAUGUCUCAGAGCAGCCUGGGGUCUGCAGGGGCGGGGCUGGACACAGGCUCCGCCUACUGCCUGCCCUCCAGCCGCCAUGGAUUCUCAGGGUACUCUGAGGGGUUUGUGUCCCCAAGUGCACCGCCUAAUACCAUGAACCCUAGCAUCAGCAAUGGCCUGUCCCCACAGGUAAUGGGUCUGUUAAACCCUGGAGGGGUGCCCCACCAGCCCCAGAGUGACUACGCCCUGUCGCCCCUGACAGGGGGGCUCGAGCCCAGCAGUGGGAUGGCAGGCAGCUGCUCACAGUCCUACUGCCCCACCAGCUACAGCUCGGCUGGGUACAGCAUGGACCUUGCCCCCCCCUAUCAGUACGGCCAGUAUGGGCAAAGUAAGGUGCCUUUCAUUAUCUGAAGCCUGAAAUCGCAUGAACUGAAGAGACCCCCAAACACUCCCCAUUACCCCUCCUGAAGAGUCCCCCAAACACUCCCCAUUACCCCUCCUGAAGAGUCCCCCAAACUCUCCCCAUUACCCCUCCUGAAGAGUCCCCCAAACACUCCCCAUUACCCCUCCUGAAGAGUCCCCCAAACACUCCCCAUUACCCCUCCUGAAGAGUCCCCCAAACACUCCCCAUUACCCCUCCUGAAGUGUCCCCCAAACACUCCCUAUUACCCCUCCUGAAGAGACCCCCAAACUCUCCCCAUUACCCCUCCUGAAGAGACCCCAAACUCUCCCCAUUACCCCUCCUGAAGAG